UUUCAAGGGUGACUUAACUUCGCCCGAUCAUGGUCGGCAGGGUGGGAUUUAUUGACAUUCCUUGGGCCGGGGGAUGCGACGUCUGGGUGUGGAGGUGAUGAGACAGGGGUUCCGUGGCACUCCGGCUCUGCUCAGGGCGACCUGCUUAGGGGCCUCCGGGGCAAGGCCCGCUUUCUGUCAAAAUGGCAGCGCCCAGCGUGCACGGGUAUCUUUGAAGUUGGGGUUUAAGAUUCUUGCCCGUGAGAGCCAACGAGCCUGCCGUGCUUCUGAUUUUGAAAUACCUGGGUCUGGGUUUCCCAGGCGAGCGGUGGAACCCGUGAGAAGUUUCUACAAUGAUGGGCUCAGCUCUCAGGAGAGGUGCCCAUGCCUAUGUCUACCUGGUGAGCAAGGCCAGUCACAUCUCCAGGGGCCAUCAGCACCAGGCCUGGGGAUCGAGACCUGCUGCAGCAGAGUGUGCUGCCCAGAGAGCUCCAGGCAGUGUGGUGGAGCUGCUGGGCACAUCCUACCCUCAGGACGACUACAGCAACCUCACCCGGAAGGUCCUCACCAGAGUUGGCAGGAACCUGCACAACCAGCAGCACCACCCUCUGUGGCUGAUCAAGGAGAGGGUGAAGGAGCACUUCUACAAGCAGUACGUGGGCCGCUUCGGGACCCCGUUGUUCUCGGUCUACGACAGCCUUUCUCCAGUGGUCACGACCUGGCAGAACUUUGACAGCCUGCUCAUCCCAGCCGACCACCCCAGCAGGAAGAAGGGGGACAACUAUUACCUGAAUCGGACUCACAUGCUGAGAGCGCACACGUCUGCACACCAGUGGGACUUGCUGCACGCGGGGCUAGAUGCCUUCCUGGUGGUGGGUGAUGUCUACAGGCGUGACCAGAUCGACUCCCAGCACUACCCUAUUUUCCACCAGCUGGAGGCCGUGCGGCUCUUCUCCAAACAUGAGUUAUUUGCUGGUAUAAAGGAUGGAGAAAACCUGCAGCUCUUUGAACAGAGUUCUCGCUCUGCGCAUAAACAAGAGACACACACCAUGGAGGCCGUGAAGCUUGUAGAGUUUGAUCUUAAGCAGACGCUUACCAGGCUCGUGGCACAUCUUUUUGGAGACGGGCUGGAGAUAAGAUGGGUAGACUGCUACUUUCCUUUUACACAUCCUUCCUUUGAGAUGGAGAUCAACUUUCAUGGAGAAUGGCUGGAAGUUCUUGGCUGCGGGGUGAUGGAACAACAACUGGUCAAUUCAGCUGGUGCUCAAGACCGAAUUGGCUGGGCUUUUGGCCUAGGAUUAGAAAGGCUAGCCAUGAUCCUUUACGACAUCCCUGAUAUCCGUCUCUUCUGGAGUGAGGACGAGCGCUUCCUGAAGCAGUUCCGUGUAUCCAACAUUAAUCAGAAGGUGAAGUUUCAGCCUCUGAGCAAAUAUCCUCCUAUGAUAAAUGAUAUUUCAUUCUGGUUGCCCUCUGAGAAUUACGCAGAGAAUGAUUUCUACGACUUAGUCCGAACGAUUGGAGGAGACCUGGUGGAAAAGGUUGAUCUCAUAGACAAGUUUGAACAUCCAAACUCACUUGAAGGAUGGGAUAAGAUGGCUGAAAGCUCUCCUGUCAGCCCUGUCUGAGAAGGGAGAAUGACACAGGCGUGAUGAUUGGCUAUCAGAGUUCCCGAGCAUUGGGGUGGCCCACUUAAGACAAGCCUCAUUCAAUUCACUUCAUCAAGUAAAGCCAAUGUGUCUAACUUAAGAAAGGAUAUAGCACGCACAUUAAGACCUGAAAAUAUGAAUGGAUUCUGAGUGAUGCUUUGAUCAGCAUUUCUUAAUAUGGCACAUGGGGGAGAAAACUUCUUGAAGUUGCAUUUACUUCCCUUCAGUUUCGUUUGGCCGGGAAAUCUGUUCACCUGCUGCAAAGAAUUGCCUCCUCCGAAGGAGAAAGCCAGUCCUCGGGAAGCAAAGUGCAAUACAAUGCAAAGUAUGCACAAUUUGAAAUUAGACCUGACCUCCACUUACCUCGCAAACUAAAAACAGCCUCCCAAAAAUAAGAGAAAGAAAGCUGGGAAAGGAAGGUGUGAGGAACAUAUUGCUGGGAAAACAGAUAAGAGUUGAUUAUAUUUAGAAUUUUUUUUCAAACCAGAUUGAAUCAAUGAAUACCUAUGCAUUGAAUGUCUUAGUUUUGGGAUUCCUACUGCAGGAGAAUCUAUUUAAAUAUGAAUCCCAAAUAAAUUUAUAUCAUGUCUGAUACAGGAAUAAAUCUGGCAAUAUUAAACAGAUCAAAUUAUCAAGAUGACUAGUCUGAAUGGAAGCUAUUCUUAGCAUGGUUUAAGUAAAGGAGAUCAAUAUAGAUAUUCAAGAUGAAAAAAUCCUAAUAGUUAAUAGAAAACCAAAAUUCAAGGUCCCUGUAACCUUCAGAGCAGAGCUGUUUCAAGUGCUUCUCAAGAAACAAAUGUCUCUUAGAGAGUGUAGCCAGGGCCAUCUAAGGCAGGGUGUGCUCCUGCAUCCUGUCUGUGUGGAAUCCUUCUUCCGUGGCUGGGAUUGUCUAAGAUCUUGGAUACCACUCUGCCCUACAGCCAGCUUCACUCAGCCAGUGGCUGGACCAAGUGGAGGUCAGCAAUUCAACCCUAUAACAUGUGGCCUGAUUUAUGCAUUUUACAUAUUAUAAUUACACUGUUUAACUAUUUUAAAUAAUAUUUGUACUUAAGUUUCAUGCUUCUUGCAAUAAAAGGAAAAUUUUUUUCCUUCUAGCUCAAGCUAUAAUGUAAAAAUGUCAAGGCAGUUAUUAUACUCAUAAUUGCAAAUUUGUUUAAUUAAAAUUACAUUCAACUGUUCUGACACAUUUUUAAGCAACUGUGAAAAAUAGCUAUUAUGAUCUGUUGGUAUGCUUCCUUGAGUGGCUAAUAAUUUUGUUAGAUGAUGAUUUAGUUCUUUUUCAUCAGUCAAUAUGAAAAUUAAAGUUAGAUAAAACUAGCCAUAAUUUCAAACUUUGUAUGUUUAUCAGUGGGCUUUUGAAUUAUGUUUUAAAAAUCACUUUUUCACCCUAUGCCCCAAUAAAAAUACAGAAACUGUAUCUGUUAAAAUAUCCCAUAGGUGUAUUCUGUGGAAAAACAGAUCCAAAAAAUUCAUACCAGACGACAGGAGGAGAAUCUCUUCACAGGCAGGACUUGCUCUGCUUAUGUUUCACCUCUGAAUCCCAGGUCUCAGAUUCAAGGAUGUGCUACAAAUCUAUUUUCAGUUGUUCUCCAUUCAGCUGCUGACACUCCAGAAGGGCCAUUCCAAACUUUUUCUGGUGAUGUGGGAAGGGUGUUCUUUUUCCUUUUUUUUAAAUGAGGUGAAAUUCACAUGACAUAAAGUUUCAAGCCAUUUUCAAGAGGGCAAUUCAGUGGUACUUAAUGUAAUGACCACCACUAUGUAGUUACAAAAUAUUUCCAUUACCCAGAAGAAGCUGCAUACCCAUUUAGCCCGCCC